AUGAGUGUGGUGAAGAAAGGAAUUUGGACGGAGCAUGUCGAUGCGGCGUCAGGGCGCUCAUAUUACUUCAACCUGGUUCACGGACGAAGCUACUGGGAGUUACCGGAAGAGCUGAAAGCUACGGUCAUGCGACCUCUGGUCGAAGUAAACGCUGCUGCUGCUGCAGCCGACGUGGCGCGUGACGAUACAAUCGGGGACGACACACCAGCUCUAUCGCGUCCAUCUCAAGAAGAAUGCGUUUCAACUGAACCAUCCGCUUCCCGUGCAUCUUUGAUCGAUCCGAAUGCCGAAGAGACAUUUUCAAGUCGGAUUCAACAAGCCAUGCAGCGCCAAGAGGAACAACGACGACACCAACAUGACGAACAUAGAUCACGCUCGUAACAAAUAUGUCGCAAGGUGGUAAUAAUGUGACUUCAAGUCUUGUAAGCCUA